AGAGUCUCGUGGAGAGACACGACGCGCUCACUGAUACGCUGCUGCUGCUGCUGCUGCUGUUAGUGAGUGAACCUGAACCAGGACUGAACCGGGACUGCAACUCACUCACUCACUCACUCACUCACUCACUCACACACACACACACAUCGACAAUGACUGCGAAGAACCGGCAGAAGAACAGCGCCAGUGACAAGAGCGCAGCAGCUCCGAGCCAAGAAGAUGCGCCAAAGAAAAGCGCAAAGAGUCCGAGUAACAGUAACGCUGCUCCCGCUGCUGCUGCGGCGGCUGCGGCGGCUGCGGCGGCUGUGGCGGCUGCGGCCCCUGGCUCCGGAGCUCCGGCCCCACGCUCACGCAGCUGCCUCGGACUUGUCGUCAACAGCGUGUUUUACGCGGCGCUUGUCGCAGCCGCAGCUUUUACUGCGUUUUAUCUGCAACAAGUGGUGGAAGAAGUGAGGCAAAGCAGCGCCAAACACCAGGAGAGCGCACAGCGCGGCGCACAGCUGAGCGGCAACAUGGACAGCGUCCUUCAACAGGUGGAGUCUCUGAGCAGAGCCGUGGACGGCCUGCAGUCGUCGGUGCGCGUCACACGGGCGGAGCUGGAGGAAGCCGUGAGCAGGAUAAAGACGGGCGAGGUGCAGACGAAGAGGGCGGAGGAAGCUCUGCAGAACCUCCAGAACGAUCUUCUCAGGGAUCUCUCUGAGGGCAUCACAGAAGUGAAGGAGGCUCGCGAGAGCGACUUCUCCUCUCUGGAGAAGAUUGUGGAGGAGCGGCUGGCUGAGGUGAGUCACUCCAUCACGGCCAACAUGGCCGACUUCACUGAAGCUCAGGGCGAGGCUCGGAGUCAGCUGACCGAUCUGAAAGCUCGUCUGGGCAACAUUGAAGACCCGGCGCUGAUCAAAGAGGAGCUCUCUGCUAUCGUCGACGCUGUCGCUGAAAUCAAGGCGGCGAAACAAGAGGCCGACGCUUCAGUGGAUUCACUCAGGGAGCAGAUCAGUGCGGUGAGGGGAGAGCUUCAGACUCGCAACCUGGAGGUCACGUCACUGUCUCAGGAGGUGGAAACAGUGAGGUCAGUGGUGCAGGAGACGGUGGGCAGUCUGAGGCCGGCGCUGUCUGCAGCAGAGGCCGCCGUUCAGGCUCUGAAGGACAGAACUGUGAGCGUGGAGAGUGGAGUGGAGCGGGCCGCAGACACGGUCCGCACCGUGGACAAGAAGCUGAGUGAAGCAUCUGCUCAGGCCCAGAGAAGAUCUGAAGAUCUUGAAGCAAGAGUGAAAUCAUCAGAAGACAGCGCCGAUGCUUUGUCUGCAUCCAUGUCAGACAUCAACUCCAAAGUGGAGUCACUACUCGCCAAAUAUGACACUCAUGAGAGCACGCUGGCUGCACAGGGCCAGGCGCUGGAGAAAGCCAGAAACAGCCUGGAGCAGGAGCUGGAGACACUGAGGAGCAGCCUGCACGAGGUCCAGACCAGGAUGAGCUCUCUGGACAGUGCUCAGACCCAGCUGUCCUCAGAGAACACCAAUCUAGGUCAGCAGAUUGGGGAUUUGGAGAAGUGGCUUGGUGCUGUGGAGGUCAGCAGCAGCAGCAGCACAAAGCAGGAGCAGCUGGAGAGUUUGAGGAGCGCGGUGGACGGACUGGAGACCAAAGCAGCCAAGCUAGAAGGUCACGAUCAGGCCAUCGCCACGCUCCAGAAAUCUCUGCAGGAGACACUGCAGACGCUCGCUGGGUUAUCACGAGCGUCUGACACCGAGGAAAACUCGGGAUAAAAGAAUUCAAACACUUUUUCACAUGUGAUGAAGAAUUCUUUCUUUAAAACUUGAUGUAGAAAACAAGCAGGGAACUCUGAGUCAGCACUUCUUCAUGUGUUGUUAUUAUCAUCAUCAUCAUCAUCUGAGCACGGACAUGGAAAUGUUUGACUGAGGAUUUGAUCUUUGUUUUAAUGUCGUUUCUGAUUUUUAAUACAAUUAAAUAUUAUUUAACUUUAUUUCACAUAGGAAAUGAAUGGAGAUGACAGAGGCAUAUGAAUCUCUCACAGAUCACACACAGAUCACUCACAGAUCACAGAUCACUCACAGAUAACAGAUCACACACAGAUCACAGAUCACUCACAGAUCACAGAUCACACACAGAUCACACACAGAUCGAUCACAGAUCACACACUCUCAGACUCUGUGUUACUGACCAGUUUACAAUGCCUCAACAUUCCCAACAUUUUUUAGUGUUUUUGAAUUGUUUCUUUGAGUUUGAGGCUUUUUUUUCUUAAACUCCAAAAGCAAUAACAAAGUGUCGUUGAACAUUCCUUUGUUUACUCCUUUGUUGACUCCUUUGGUACGUGGUGGUGGUGGUGUUGUUGUUGUUUACAAGAAUAAAAGCUCUCAUCUAUAUCAAAGGUUUUUUUACUGCAAUGCUUUGUGUUGAAACGUUGAAAACAUGGAGGAAGUGAACAUUAAAGGGGACAUAUUAUGCAAAAUCAA